AUGUCAGUGGGUAUUCCAGUUAAACUACUUAGUGAGGCACAGGGCCAUGUAAUUUCCGUGGAAUUAAACUGCGGUGAUAUUUACAGAGGAAAAUUGAUUGAAUCCGAAGAUAAUAUGAAUAUCCAAUUGAAGGAUAUCACAGUGACUGCAAGGGAUGGUAAGAGUAAUCAUUUGGACCAGGUAUUUAUUAGAGGUUCGAAUAUCCGGUUGUUGCAAGUGCCGGAUAUGUUAAGAAAUGCCCCAAUGUUCAACCCUAAUCACGUAAAACCGCCGCCACCAGGACGUGGGGGAAGACCACCGAGAAGAUAA